AUGUUAAACGAACAAGACUUAAUGGUUGCAAGGGCCCUUGCGGCAGAGUCCCGGGAUAGCUCACCUGGUGGAUCACCUGGACCUCUGCGUAAAAAUCCUCUCAAUAAUAUCGCUGACAAGCUGAAUACAUUCCGUUCGGAGUCGGAACUGUCGACCCUGAGGAUGUGCAAAAGUGUGGAGAGAUCGGAGUAUAGAUUUAAGAGGAAGCCUUCGAAAAGUUUGAUACCUCAAGCUCUUUUACACGCGGAGCCGCAACCGCAACUUCGUCAUCAUAGACAACGACGAUCAGGCACCUGGCCGUGA